AUGCCCGCACCGGAAGCCAAGCGUCAGCGCACGCAGCCGACCUACGAGCUGCUCUACCACCCGAGCAUCCCGGGCCGGGGCGAGUACAUCCGGCUGGUGCUCGAGGCGGCGGGCGCGCCGUACAGCGACGUGGCCAAGGAGAAGGGCGACGAGGGCUACGCGCGCGUGCUGGCGGCGUGCUCGGCCACCAGCACCGGCGAUGCCGACGGCAACCCGCCCGCCUUCGCGCCGCCCGCGCUGCGCGUGCCGGGCGCCGGCAGGGACGGCAAGGCCCUGGUCAUCUCGCAGACGCCCAACAUCGUUCAGUACCUCGCCGCCAAGCUCGGCCUGGCGCCCGCCGACGAGGCCGACGCCCUGCACGCCAACCAGCACAUGCUGACCGCCCUCGACCUGAGCAACGAGGCCCAUGACUCGCACCACCCCAUUGCCGUGUCGCUGUACUACGAGGACCAGAAGGAUGCGGCCAAGCAGCGAGCGAACGACUUCCGCGAGACCAGAAUCCCAAAGUUCUUCAGUUACUUUGAGCGCACGCUGAAGGGCAACGAAGAACUGGGCCAGGGCAAGUAUCUCGUCGGUGAUAAGCUGUCUCAUGCGGAUACGACACUCUGGCAAGUUGUUGAUGGCCUGUUCUUUGCCUUCCCCAAGGAGCUUGCGGCACGGAAAAGCGAAUUUCCUCUGCUGCUAGAGAAGUUCUAUGCCGGUAUCAAGGAAGAGAAGGGUCUGAAGGAGUACCUUGCCAGUGACAGGCGCCUGAAGUACUCCAUGGGUCUCUACCGACACUACCCUGAGCUAGACCGCGAGUGA